UUACACGAGACGCGCAAGCGCAGCUGAUGAUUAUAAUUAUUAUAGCCUGUUGGUAGUGUAUACUACUUACCGUGGUUGUGGAUCUUAUCCGAUCGGUCAAUUUUACCAACCACUAAUCAUCGAUUAUGAAUAAUAUUUUUUUCCUACCGUCGUCGUCCGACUUUUUCGCGUUUGUAUUUAUUUGUUAUUUUAUUGGCAAUUUUUGCUAACUGAUAAAUUAUUAUUAUUCUAUUUUUCGUCAUCCAAUCAUUUAUAUCCGGUUUCUUGACGACUAAUUUAUACAUGUAUAUUACGUGCGUAUAUAUGUAUACGGUACGCGAGCGUUGUCGUUUGUUUACGCCAAGUUUUGACCGACACCGAGUGAAGUGCUGCCGCCGCUGUUGACCAGCGACGACAACGACGAUGCGUUAUAGAUGAAGCUCGUUACGCUCGCAGACCACUGCCACCGAAAAAACCUUUUACUUUUUGGCCCUCGCAAACGCGGUCAAACGACAGCAAAAUCAGAUCCAUCAAAAGUAUGCACUGCUGCUCCUGCUCCUGCUCCUGUUGCACAAUACCAUAAAACCAACCGACUGAUCAACCACAGUGAUGACUGAAUGGAAAUCCAGAUCGUUACCUAGCAAUUUCGAAAUACUUUCCCUGUCAAAUGUGCCAGUCGGUCCGUCGUGUUUACGUUCAAACUCUAAGAAAACAUACAUCAGUCGCAAUGUAUCUUUUCCGGACGACGAAAGUCAAAUUGUCACUGGCGUUCUCGAAACCAUGCAUCCUUGGGAAUCCAUGGAAAACGUAACUAUUGAGUUACUUACAGCCAAAUAUAAAGAAUCAUGUGAAAGACACAACACUAAUCCAUUAUACUCUGUCCUCAAUCAAAUAAAAUCUAUAAAUACAAAUUUGGAGAGAAACGAAUGUCUUGAUCUUAAAGGUGUUUUAUUAACCAAUGUCGACUGGGAGAGCCUUGAAGAAAUUUUUAAAAGAGUUCAGUUUAGAACUAUAAAUGUUGAAGCAACUGGAUUAAAUGAUGAUACAGCAAUUGCAUUAUUUGAUAUGUUAGACUUUUAUGAAUCUGCUAUUUGUUUAAACAUAUCUUCUAACAAUGAUAUUGGCACUAGAGGAUGGCAAGCAUGUGCUCGUACAUUAAAAAAGUCAAAAUGUUUAGAAGAAUUAGAAGCGAGGAAUACAAUACUUAAUGAGUCAAAUAUGACUUCUUUAGGUCGUUCGUUAAAAUUUGGUUCACAAUUAUGUGUCUUAAAACUUGAAAAUUGUAAUCUUGCAGACCGGCCAUUAACAUCAUUAGUUUCUCUAAUAAAAUUAAAUAACACAUUAAAAGAACUUUAUUUGGGUGAAAAUUAUUUAAAUGAAAACGAUGCUAAACAACUUUCAAUUUUACUAAAAUGUAAUACCACUUUGCAGUUGUUGGAUUUAAGCAAUAACAAUAUUCAAAAUAAAGGUUUUAAAUUACUUUGUGAAAGCAUUGUGAAUCAAAAUUCUCCUUUGACAAUUUUAAUUGUCUGGAAUAAUAACUUAAAUUCAGAGUGUUCAGAAUGUUUGUCAAACUUAUUGGGGGCUGAAACCAAAUUAGAAAUGCUCAAUGUUGGGUUUAACUGUUUACUUGACACCACAGCUAGUGCUAUUGAAACGCCAUUGAAAAACAACAAAAAUUUGGUACGCUUAGGAUUGCAAAGUACCCAAAUUACUUGUAAAGGAGCUAAAUAUUUAGCAGAAGCAUUGGAAGCCAAUACUUCUUUACAAAGAUUAGAUUUACGUGAUAAUAAUAUUGAAGUUGAAGGGCUGAGAAAUUUGAAAGAGUCCAUUUCAAAAAAUUUUAGAAUUACACGCCUAGAUUUAGAUCCUCUGCCACGUAACAAAUAUGCAGCUGACACAACUAAAGAGUAUACAAAUUUAACAGAGCAGAUCAAACAAAUGUGUGAAGAAAAUGAAAAAAAACAUUGUAGUAAACAAAUUGACGACAAUCUACUUGACCAGAUAACAGAUGAAUCUAACAUAACCAAAGCUAUCAAAAUACCAAAUGUAGAUUCUAGAAAGAUAUCUCUCACGUGUGAAUCACUAAUGAUGCAGUAUACUUCACUUAAAAAUCCCAAUUAUCUAGGUUCUGACGAUUACUCCCCUAUGUUGCGAGGAAGUAGUGGUAGAUUAAGGAGUCCUGCUCCCAGUCCUAUACACAGCCCAAUUGCUAGUAGUCCAAUGUGUAGUCCUUCAUUAACGUCUACACGAAAUCGUUUUCACGUGUCUAAAGUUUCUGAACAAAAACAAAAAGAAUGUCGAUUUAAGGUCACCAAAUUAAAUAAUUUAAAUGAUAAAGCACCGACAGCUAGUAACGAAUCAUUAUCCGAUGACUCUUUUGGUCCUACUAAUUUGGAACUCACAGUUGAUAGUUUGGAUUUGUGCAAACAUAAAAAUGACACCAAAAAAGAAGAUCAAAGAACUAGGAAAGUAUCUUGGGUUAUGGGUUCUCGACCUUUGUUGACUUCAUUGCAAAACAUUACCUCAAGUUUGGAUCAUGCCACCUCAUCUGGAGUUGACAAGCUUCUCAGUUUAUUCAGUCCUUUUUCUAGUGCGGAUAAAUCCUCAGCAUCUAUCGACACAGUUGAAUCUAAUGAUUCUGUUUUUGAAUCAGAUCACGAAUCAAAAAAACCAGUCACACUGGAUCAAGCAACUUGGCCACCAGUAUUUGGAAGCUUGAAAAAAACCACUUCUAUCUGCAGGCCGUUGUCAGACAAAGGUAGACGUAGUCUAAGCGAUUUACGUACUUUUUAAAUUUGAAGUUAGAGAGGUAGUAACCAUACACAAGCAAUGAUACAAGUAGAUCAAAUGCAUUUAGGUUGUUUAUUUAUAUUGUAAGGUCUCCCCUCAGAGCAAAUCUCGUUUACAGUAGUAUUUUUUACAAACUACAUUGUGAUUCACAAGCACAUGAGUACAAAUUUUGUUUUUAUCAUUGUUGAACAAUUUAUAAAUAUUUAUGCGAUCGUUUUUAGUUGUUAGUGCUAUAUGUAUAAUUUUAAAACACCCUUAAACAAACAUACAACUACUGUAACGAGAAUUCAUAUAAAAAUUGAUUUACAUUAUCUGGUGUACAAACAACUGCGGACUUGAAAUCAUUUAUAAUAUAUUUAAAGAAAAAUAAUGAUUACUUAAGAUUAUAUCAGAAGAAUUUGUACAUUUUAAUAUAAAAUCAAAUUUGAAUGUUUUCCCAUUCAAAAUAAUAUAUUGAAUUCAAAUAUUAGUUUACUAAUUAAUACAAUUUCUCUGUGACUAAUAUAUUAUUACUGUGCUUACGUUUUAUUAAUUGGUUUCUUGUCCAGUGGUGUUUUAAAUUAAUGAACUGGUCUCAGUGUGAUUACAAUUUAAUUUUAGGUACUUAUAAUGCAUAUAAUAACAUUAAUAUAAUAUUAAAAGUUACCAACCAGUGUUUUAAACAAAUGGAACAAAAAGAUAAUCAUAUUAUUGUUAUAUUAUAUACAUGGCUAGUUGGUAUCUCUUCUGUACUAUUUAAGCACAAAUUUUUUUUAAUAUUAUAGUUUCUUGAGUUCACUUGUCAAUUCUUUACGUUUCAAAUUAAAUCAAAGUAUCAUGUUUUUUUUUCUCAACUUGUGUUGUUUUAGUCAUCUAAUCGUUAAAAGUGCAAUAAUCUAUGUCUGGAUUCAACAUAUAAAGCAUAAAAUGUUUACAGGCAUUUGGGAGUUAAUAAUUACCAUGAUUUUGUUUACAGCAUACUAUUAUGAAUACUUAUUUUUUCUGAGUUUGUUUAUUUACAGAAAAACAUUGUUACAGUUACAUAUAUUAUUUUCUAUUUUUCUUCUUUUUCCGAAUUCUUGGAUAUUUUUAUUGACUGUGAUUUUUAUCUUGGGUUUUUCUUUGUGAUAAUUGUUUUUAAUAAUCAUAAAAAUGAAUAAUGAAUAUAUAUAUAAUAUACUGUUUUUUUUUUUGUUCAGUUACUUAAAUUUUAUUGAAACGAAAAUAUUCCAAAGACUGACAUUUUCCAAACAGUAUUUGGAAAGACUUAAAAGUCAAUUUAUCCAUUAAAAAAAAACUUAACUCUCAUAAUAUCAUAUAUUUCUUUACAGGUGCCAUUUUCUUUUACUUUAUAUAAUGUUUAAGUCCAAACUAGUUGGAAAAUAUUGUUACCAAAUUUACUAUCAGAUAAUUAUUAAAUAGUAGUUAGUCUAUAUAUUACAUUAGAAUUAUGUAUAGUUUAAAAUAUAUUAUAAAUGUAGCUUUAGCGUACUUAACUUAAGAGGUUUAUUAAUUUUUCUAUUAUGUUUUAUAAUAUUGAACGAACAUAUGUGUUCUUAUGAUAAAUAAAGUUGCUACAUAUGUUUAUGACCUUUGCAUUUAAAAUUAACGCUCUUGUCGCGACAUGUUUAUAUAAUAUUAUGUUGUUAUUUACAUAUUAUUUUUUGUUAUUUCGAAAGAAGAAAAAUUAUUACUAUGUUAAACUACGUCCUUUUUAGUUUUUAAACUAUUAAAAAUUUAUUACUUUACUUAAAGUUUAUUGUAUACAUUACACAUAAUAUAUAAAAACAUACAUAUUGAUUUCUGUUAUUUUUAUUUUUUUAUGGGGUUGUCUAAAAUAAUGUUAUGGACACAAUUAUGUUAUUUAAACAGAUUAAAUCUUAUCGUUAUUAUAUAUAUAUAUAAAUAAAUAUAUUCUGUAGAAAAAAAUCCUAAUAAAUAUAUAUAUUUAUGUACGGCACACAACUUGUAUUGUGAAAUCACGUGUGUCAAAAUUAAGACAAAUUUAAAUCAGAAAAUGUUUACAAGUCUGUGUAUUAUACAACACAAUAAUAUAAUAUUGGAAAAAAAUAAAGAAUAUAAUGUAGAUUGUUACUCAUUGUAGUGGUUUUAUUCUUUGUAUUUUUACGCCUAUUGCUCUUAAAUGAAGUUUAAUUAAAUGUUUGUACACUGGA